AGAGUAUCUAACAAUAGAAACUCCGGAGGGCUGAUGGGGCCGGGGCUACAAUUUGGGAAUAAAUUAGUGGGCCGGGAGAGGCUCUGGAGCCGGGUAGAACCAGGGGGAGUGAGUGGAGGGAUAGUUCCAUUAGGGCACUGUGAGUGACCGUAUAACGUAAAGAUUGACGGGGGUGGGGCGAGGCUAGAAUGUCCCUAGCAGAACUGGAGAGGCGUAAUCGACCGAGGGCCGGUGCGGUGAGAAGGACCUAAUAGGAGCAGGAAUAGAACGUACUGAUAGAGAGGGCGGAGAUAGGACUGUCAGGAUAUACGCCUCACGAGGACAGAAUGAAAGGAAAAACGGACCAGGGCAGGACUUUGGGAAAGGACUUGUGGGCAGGGAUAGAACGUUCAGUUAGUGGGGUGGAGGUAAAACGUGGACAAAGGACAGACCGGAAGUACCGCCGGCCGGAACCCAGCAGAAUAUGGAACACGAAUCUGAAUGGACGGGGUCUGGAGACUUGGUACUCUUGGGGCCUGCGGUGCAUGCAGUGUAAGAGCAACGGGGAUUGCCGUGUGGAAGAGUGCGCCCUGGGACAGGACCUCUGCAGGACCACGUUCGUACGCAUGUGGGAAGAAGGGGAAGAGCUGGAGCUGGUGGAGAAAAGCUGUACCCACUCAGAGAAGACCAACAGGACCCUGAGCUAUCGGACUGGCUUGAAGAUCACCAGCCUUACCGAGGUUGUGUGUGGGUUAGACUUGUGCAACCAGGGCAACUCUGGCCGGGCUGUCACCUAUUCCCGAAGCCGUUACCUCGAAUGCAUUUCCUGUGGCUCAUCAGACAUGAGCUGUGAGAGGGGCCGGCACCAGAGCCUGCAGUGCCGCAGCCCUGAAGAACAGUGCCUGGAUGUGGUGACCCACUGGAUCCGGGAAGGUGAAGAAGGGCGUCCAAAGGAUGACCGCCACCUCCGCGGCUGUGGCUACCUUCCCGGCUGCCCAGGCCCCAAUGGUUUCCACAACAACGACACCUUCCACUUCCUGAAAUGCUGCAACACCACCAAAUGCAACGAGGGCCCAAUCCUAGAGCUCGAAAAUCUGCCACAGAAUGGCCGCCAGUGUUACAGCUGCAAGGGGAACAGCACCCAUGGAUGCUCCUCUGAAGAGACUUUCCUCAUUGACUGCCGAGGCCCCAUGAAUCAAUGUCUGGUAGCCACUGGCACUCACGAACUGAAAAACCAAAGCUAUAUAGUAAGAGGCUGUGCAACCGCCUCAAUGUGCCAACGUGCCCACCUGGGUGACGCCUUCAGCAUGAACCACAUCGAUGUCUCCUGCUGUACCAAAAGUGGCUGUAACCACCCAGACCUGGAUGUCCAGUACCGCAGGGGGGCUGCUCCCCAUCCUGGCCCUGCCCAUCUCAGCCUCACCAUCACCCUGCUAAUGACCGCCAGACUGUGGGGAGGCACUCUCCUCUGGACCUAAACCUGAAACCCUCCUCUCUGCCCUGGCUGGAUCAGGGGGACCCCUUUGCCCUUCCCUCAGCUCCCAGCCCUACAGACUUGCUGUGUGACCUCAGGCCAGUGUGCUGACCUCUCUGGGCCUCAGUUUUCCCAGCUAUGAAAACAUCUAUCUCACAAAGUUGUGUGAAGCAGAAGAGAGAAGCUGGAGGAAGGCCGUGGGCCAAUGGGAGAGCUCUUGUUAUUAUUAAUAUUGUUGCCGCUGUUGUGUUGUUGUUAUUAAUUAAUAUUCAUAUUAUUUAUUUUAUACUUAAAUAAAGAUUUUGUACCAGUGAA